UUAUAUCAACCAAACGUUCAAGCGACUAUGAACAACAUUUAAUACAAAGUACAGCUUAAAAGAAAUAAGUUUAAAUAAAAAUUAAUUAUAAAUAUACCGAUAUAUAUAUAUAUAAAAAAAAACCAAAAGAUGUCUGACUUUGAAAUUCCAAUUGGUUCGUUGGAGGAACAAGCAUUGAAACGAAAAGAACGACUCAAGAAUUUAAAGCGUAAGAUCCAAACGAAAGAAACCGAACCGAAACAAUCCACUGAUACGGAAAAGAUUGUUUUGCCGCCACCGACAAAAUUGACAAAAAAUAUUCCGAUUGAAGAUGCCUCCGAAAACAACCAAAUACAACCAAAAAAUGACGAUGUUAUAAACAUGAUAACAAAUGAAAUAGAAACGUUGAAAACGCCAAUAGUGAUUGAUGAAAUAGAUAUUGCUAAUUUGGCACCAAGAAAACCUGAUUGGGACUUAAAAAGAGACGUGGCAAAAAAAUUGGAGAUAUUAGAACGCAGAACACAAAGGGCCAUUAGCGAAUUAAUUCGCGACCGUUUGCGGUCGAAUCAAGGCGAUUUGGAUUUAAAUGCAAUUAAUACCAUUGGAUACAGCAUACAAUCCAAAAAGGAGCUUUAACUGGAGCCAUUUCUUAAAUCACCCCUUGAACAUUUAUUUAAUAAGUUGGGCUUAAUUUAAAAAAUUCAAUUGUUAAGCAAAUAAAUAAUAAUUACGAAAUAAAUAAAAUAAAAAUAUUGA